AUGGCCGUUAGACACAUCAUACAAAAAGUAUUGAAAAAUCCGUUAUUAGUAAGUCAAGCCUUCCAAGUGUCAACAUUACUAUGUACUGGAGAUCUCUUAGGUCAGACAGUAGUUCUAAGAAAGCCAAUAAAUGAAAUUGAUUUUAGGCGAACUUUGAAAGUUGGAUUAGUAGGUCUCUUUAUAAUCGGUCCGACAGUUUCAACAUUUUUCAGAGUAUUGGCUGUUACUAUAAGUAAUAAAGAUCCUUACGUUGGUUUGAAAAAAAUGCUGAUAGAUCAAUUAGUAUUUGUACCUUUUAUAUUGAUUCCGCUUUUUGUAACAAGCAUCAAUAUAUUUGUAAAUGGAAAUUCUUGGGAAAAAACGAAAGAGGAAAUAAAAGACAAGUACAAAGAUAUAAUGAAAACUAAUUAUAAAAUAUGGCCAUUUGUGCAAUUCGUAAACUUCAACUAUGUACCAAUAGCCUAUCAGGUACUUGUAACACAAUCUGUAGCCGUUCUUUGGAAUACGUAUUUAACCUGGAAGACUGUACGCAUAAAUAAACCGGAACCUAAGAAGUGA